AUGUCUCGCAUCACCGCCCCCGUCAUCAAGCUCUCCCGCGCGCUGAGCUCCUCCUCCGCCGCCGCCGCCCGCGCCGCCAACCCGCUGCUCGUCGACUCGGCGGCCACUUACAACGCCAGCGCCGGCGCCGUCCUCAUGCCCAAAUACGCUGAGCUGCUGCGCAACCGGAGGACCACCACCACCACCACCAUUGAGCACUCAGAGUCCACCCGCUCCCUCUCAACAACCCACCGCCCAACCCCCCAGCCCUCCAUCGCCAACCGCUCCAAACCUCUCAUGCAGACCUUCUCCACCAUAACCUCAACCUCCUCCUCAACACCCUCCGCCCACCUCGACGCCGCCAUCCUCCCCAGCUUCAGCUUCACCUCCUCCUCAUCAUCGUCAUCGGACGACUUCCUCCCCCGCAUGCCCCUCCUGCCGGACAACUACGCGACCGCGCAUCCCGCCCCGGCCGCGGACCCCCCCGUCUCCAUCGCCAGCUCCUCCAUCGUCGCCGUCAACCCCGACGCCGUCGUCCCCGCCACGCCCCUCUCCUCGCUCAGCGGCGUCCUCGACACCGUCGAGCUCAAGUUCGUGCACGAGCCUGAGCCUGCCAAGGAGGGCGUCGAUGCGGAGAGCGGUAGCCAGGGCAUGAUUCGGGAUCUGUGGAAGGGCAUGGUGGAGGAUGUUUUCGGCGGCGGCGCCGCGGGCCAGGGCCUGCGUAAAUCCACUUGA